AUUAUCAUUAUUAUUAUUUUUUGGUUGUAAAUCCAAAAAAUGUCAAGAUUUAUAAAAAGCGUAGACAUCUUUUUGGAUAUUGUUUUUUUUUGUUGAGAUAAUGGUCAUGGGAAAUAUUUUGGAUCGACAUUCAUCAUCUUCAUCGUCCUUGUCAUCAAAACCGAUUGCCCAAAAUGAAAUGAAAACGGAUUCAAAAUCUAUUCCAGCAACAACAACAAAAAUCACAAAAUCAAAUAUGAAACGACGUUCGAUGAGUGAUGAUAACAAACGCAAUUUAAUGAAUAAUAUCGAUAUGAAACAAUUAUUUCCUAAUUUGAAUAAUGAUAAUCAUCAUCAACAACUACAACAAACGAUUGAAAAAUUUCAAAAAGAAAUUGAUGAAUUGCAACAACAAUUUGAUCGUCUAAAUUAUUUGGAAAAUAAACAACGACGAAAUACAUUGCCAAGGAAUCGAACCGAUUAUCAUCACACCAAUAAUAAUAAUGAUUUAUCAAUAUUUCAAAAGCAAAUCAAUGAAUUGGAAAGACAAUUGACAAUGUUGAACAAUUCUAAAGGUGGGCUUAGAUGCAUUGGCGGCAUAUAAUCCGGUUCAACAAGACCAAACAAUGCAAAAAAUAACAUUUCAAAUGUAUCUAAU